UUAGCAGUUUAUAUUUACUAAAAUAAUUGUGUUUCCAUGUUCUGUGUACUGUGGGAGACCGGAUAUAGUGAAUGCAGGGUCCGUGGAGAGCUGAUAUAGUGAAUGCGGGGUCCGGGGAGAGCGGAUAUAGUGAAUGCGGGGUCCGGGGAGAGCGGAUAUAGUGAAUGCCGGGGUCCGGGGAGAGCGGAUAUAGUGAAUGCAGGGUCCGGGGAGACCGGAUAUAGUGAAUGCAGGGUCCGGGGAGAGCGGAUAUAGUGAAUGCGGGGUCCGGGGAGAGCGGAUAUAGUGAAUGCGGGGUCCGGGGAGAGCGGAUAUAGUAAAUGCGGGGUGCGG